AUGACGCCAGCAGAGAGGGCUGUGGGUUCAGCUGACGUCAGAGUCAGGCGCCUGAUCCUCCGGACGCUUCCUAGGUUCUUCAUCCUCCAAUCUGUGCGAGAGCAGACCGGCAAAAGCACGAUUUUCCUAAAUGCGGUCAUGAGCCACGCGCUUAACCAUUUCCAAGACCUUGCAACUCUUCGUGGCUCGACUGCCCUCCUUCUGUCAUUGGCAUUUGCCCUGAGCGAACCGGCUCUGGAGGACAACCUUUUUCGCGUUGCGGGCAGAGUUCUUUUUGAGUCGAAGGAUACGAUGGUCAUUAAGUUCACGAUCACCAUGCUUCGCGGUAUUGAGCGCACCCGCCUCGGCAUCAAGGGGUUCCUCUCCAAACCCCUGGCCCCGAACCCUACCCUCAGAUCCGCCGCUCUUGCUCUGGUGCUUUGCUCGGAGCAGUUAGAUGACAAAGACCGCUCUUUCAUGGUAGUCCUGGCGAGGGCUCUCGAGUAUGGGACGAUGGUUGCGCUUGCGGAUCCGGACAAAUGUCCCCUGCCUGGUCUAAGCAGUGAAGAAGACAUAAGAAGACUGGCGAAUGCAGAUCCCUGUGCGCGCCAGCGCGCGCACGAGCUGCGGACGCUUCUUGCGAAAGGAGUAGAUGCGGACGGUGACUUCUGCGUGCGCUUCGUGCGCGCAAAUGCCUCGAAAGAUGCGGGGAUGGUGGAGCAGGAAGUUGAAAAGAUGGGGAUCAAGCGGCAACACAGGAAGAUGGCGACGCGGUGUUCCAGGCCGGGGUGCGACAAGGUGGAAACUAGACCAAGAGAUUUCCAAUUGUGCGGGAGUUGCAAGCUCGCGGUCUACUGCGGAAGAGAAUGCCAGCGAAGGGCUUGGAAGGCAGGCCACAAGGACACUUGCCAGAAGACAGGCUGA